CUCAAUUUCACCAUAUCUCCGCACUUCUGUAUGUGUAAGCAUAUUGUGCUAGCUUCUUGUUUAGCAUGGUGAUCCCUGGGUGCAGGACCUGCUAGACUGGAAAAGUCAGAGAUCCCAUUUCAUCCUUCAGUAACCAAAUAGACCUGAGCGCACUCUGCCUCCUGCUGACAAACCUACCGAUCUUUGGCCUGGAAAGAGAUGUGCUAAUUUCCUUGUUAGGUCUGCAAGAAGAGAACGUGACAUAAAGAAAGAUGAUAUCUCUAAACCCUGGAAAACAGCGUUCUUACAUAGCAGCCAUUCCACUGUUACUUGCUGCUGCCUUCAUUGUUGCUGUAAACAGUGAUUGUGGUGUGCCACCGCGUUUUAAUUUUGCUGAGCUGAAGGAGGAGUUCAGAAAUCAGAAUAAGUUUGCUGCUGGUAACAAAGUGGAAUACAACUGUCGCCCAGGUUAUAGCAAGGUACAAAGAUCCACUCUUCAGUGCAUGCAAUAUUCUCGAUGGUCAGAUGCCGGAGAGUUUUGCAAGGCAAGAUCAUGCCGUCACCCUGGAGAGCCAGAAAAUGGCAGACUUGUUAUUCUAACAGAUCUCACGUUUGGUGCAACAGUAAACUUCGUCUGUGAAGAGGGGUACAGACUAAUUGGAAAUGCAGAAAGAAAAUGUGUGCUUGAAGGAUCACAAGUUAUAUGGGACAAAGAUAUUCCAUACUGUCAAGUGAUACCAUGCAAGCCUCCUCCAGAAAUAGAGCACGGGACACAUACUGGGACAACGAUGGAGGAAUUCAACUAUGGGACAUCUGUCACUUACCAGUGUAACACUGUAGAGAGGGGACAGGUUCCUUUCUCGCUUAUUGGAGAGCCCUCCAUUCACUGUACAUCCACGGAUAAUGUAAAUGGAGACUGGAGCGGGCCUGCCCCUGAAUGCAAAGUCGUUCGCUGUGAACAGCCAAGAGUUGACCAUGGAAAACAGAUGACCGGAUAUAGUCCGGUAUACACCUACAGAGCCUCUGUUCUGUUUGAGUGUGACCACCGCUACACCCUCAAAGGCAGUAACGUACUUCAAUGCAAUGAAAAUAGUAGAUGGGAUCCUCAGUUACCAGUUUGUGAGCGAAGUAGCUGUGAUGACCCACCUUACAUUCGUAAUACUGUUCAAGAUCAUUCUAACGGCAACUUGUUUCCGGCUGGGACUGUAGUGAAGUAUAACUGUGUGAGAGGUUAUGAGUUAAUCCCUGGAAUAUCCUCUGCGAGUGUUACCUGUCAAAAAGAUUUUACAUGGUCUGAACAUCAAGAAUUUUGUCGGAAAAUUAGAUGUCCAUUUCCAAACAUUCCCAAUGGAAGAGCAAUACUUGGAAAAGCAACCUAUGAGUAUGAGGACAAGAUUCGCAUUGAAUGUAAUCCCGGUUACGCCCUCAAAGACCAUUAUGGAUCGAUUAAGUGCGAAAGUGAUCGUACAUGGAAUCCUCCAUUACCAAUUUGCGAACCGGCUUGUGAGACACCUGCACGCAUUUCUAAUGGACGGGACGACCGUGGCCAGAAAAAUGUUUUCCUUCUUGGCUCAAGUGUGACCUACGUAUGUAACCGUGGCUGGUCACUUGUUGGAGUAUCCUUCAUUCAAUGUAUAGCUGGUGAUGAGGGAGCUCCGCGCUGGGAUGCACCUGCCCCUGACUGCAAAGCUUGUGAGACACCUGCACGCAUCUCUAAUGGAGGGGACGACCGUGGCCGGAAAAAUGUUUUCCUUCUUGGCUCAAGUGUGACCUACGAAUGUAACCAUGGCUGGUCACUUGUUGGCGUAUCCUCCAUUCGAUGUACAGCUGAUGAUGGGGGAACUCCACGCUGGGAUGCACCUGCCCCUGACUGCAAAGCUUGUGAGCCACCUGCACGCAUCUCUAAUGGACGGGACGACCGUGGCCAGAAAAAUGUUUUCCUUGUUGACUCAAGUGUGACCUACGUAUGUAAACGUGGCUGGUCACUUGUUGGAGAAUCCUCCAUUCAAUGUAUAGCUGGUGAUGGGGGAGCUCCGCGCUGGGAUGCACCUGCCCCUGAGUGCAAAGCUUGUGAGCCACCUGCACGCAUCUCUAAUGGACGGGACGACCGUGGCUGGAAAAAUGAUUUCUUUGUUGGCUCAAGUGUGAGCUACUCCUGUAACCCUGGUUGGUCACUUGUUGGAGUAUCCUCCAUUCGUUGUAUAGCUGGUGAUGGGGAAAUUCCGCGCUGGGAUGCACCUGUCCCUGAGUGCAAAGCCUGCGAGCCACCUGCACGUAUCUCUAAUGGACGGGAUGACCGCGCCUGGAAAAAUGUUUUCCUUGUUGGCUCAAGUGUGACCUACGAAUGUGACCGUGGUUGGUCACUUAUUGGAGUAUCCACCAUUCGCUGUAUAGCUGGUGAUGGGGGAACUCCACGCUGGGAUGCACCUGUCCCUGAGUGCAAAGCUUGUGAGCCACCUGCCCGUGUCUCUAAUGGACAGGACGACCGUGGCUGGGAACCUGUUUUCCUUGUUGGCUCAAGUGUGACCUAUGUAUGUAACCGUGGUUGGUCACUUGUUGGAGUAUCCUCCAUUCAGUGUAUAGCUGGAGAUGGGGGAACUCCACGCUGGGAUGCACCUGUCCCUGAGUGCAAAGGUGAAGCAAAUCAAUUCUCCUCUGUGCAACAUGGUUCGUGAGAGUGUAAAGUUUGUCCACUGUGGUGUGUCUGUGACAGAACUGAGACCCCUGCUGGAAGCAAAGAAACUGUAUCUGGAGAUUCAGAAACUUAAGCGGGACCUGGAAAAAUACCAGGAAUAGCUGAAAUCUAUGACCCAUUACUGUGACAAACUGUCUCCUUUGGAUGCAGUUUGUAUAAUUACUUCGUACAUAUGAUGAUUGUUACUAUUUGCAGAGAACUUGCUAGUACAUCUAGUGAUUGAGGAAGAGAUUAGCCAGUACAUCAGGAAUCAGAUUUUUUUCAUGCUGUGUGCCAGCAGUUGGUUUUUUUUCCUUUCCUUUCAAUCUGACAAAUGUAAGUCCCUACUUGAUAAACUAGGGAUUUCAUCCUCUUAUGUUUGUGGGGACUAUAGUAAAAGGACUGAAUUCAGACUCCUUUCAGUUCAGAAAGGGAAAGCAAGUUGAGAGAAACUAGAUUAAAAUGUACGGAAGGAAACCUUCAGUUAACGCAAGCUUCAGACCCUAUGCAGAAUACACCAACAACCUUGAACUUUCAGAAAUCACCCAACUGUUGCAUAUAUUUAACCUUAAUGCAUUAUAACCCAAACACAUUUAAAGUAGUGAAUGGCUAUUUAACUGCCUGAUUUCCAUGAACCUUAAGGGCAACUCUGUUCACAAAUCCUUCUGCCCCACUGAAAAUGUAAAGGUUAAAAAAGCCAAUUUCUGCCCUAACCUCUUAUUAAAAAAGUUGGCAGUUUUUUCCUUCCCAAACUGAACACAUCUAUUUUUGGUUGACAUCAGUGCUGAUCUCAUCUGUAGCAUUUCUAUAUCCUCUCUCACACUCCCACGAAUCAAUGGUGAAAAUUUAACUGUAGACAACAACCUGCUAACCAUUUCCCCCUUGCCCAAUGAAUGAUAGGGGUGUCCUCUAACCUACACCUUUGUGAUCAAGCAAUUAUUUCUGCCCUGCCGGGCUACAAUAAAGUGCAACUGUAAAAACUGCC